GUUAGAUUGUACCAGAACGUAUCGCUUGUUCGUCUGCGGUUACCCGGCUAUAUAUGAUUCUUUCGGAGAAUAGGUGGAUCCAAAGACAUCAUUUGCGCUGCAUAUCAAAUAGAAUGCAAGGGAACUCGUUUACAAUGUAUCGGUACGGGUCGGGUCGUGACUACUGCAAUGCAUUCUGAAGAGGGACCAGGAGAAACGUUAAUAGGUAUCACGCAAUAACGGUUGCCAACCAGCAACAUCAUAGGGACGUGAAAUUAUGCUCUUCGUUCAUAUAUAGGUUUCCUGUCUGCGGGACCUUUGGAUUGAUUCUUUGAUGUAAAUAGAAUAAUAUCGAAGUAGCCUAAUAGGCCGAUCAUUUCAAGCAAUCAAACAUUAUUUGUGAAUUAGGCUAUUAGUAUUGUUAACCCAAUGCAACAUGUUGUUGGCAGUAGAGACUUCCAUCAUUGCAUUUAUUGAUUCACAGAAUACGUAUUUUCUCGGGAUGCUGUCCCUGUGUGCCCCACGCUCAAUCUCCCCUCCGCUGGUUUGAGUUCCUGCUCUCUGUCAGGGGCCCGCCUGCUGAUUCCUCCCCGACACCACGUCACGUAGAGAGCGAUGCGGCGGUUUGUUUACUGUAAGGUGGUGCUGACCACUUCGCUGGUCUGGGUGCUGGUGGAUGUCUUCCUGUUGCUCUACUUCAGUGAAUGUAACAAAUGUGACGACAGGAAGGAUCGCUCAAUGCUGCCUGCUCUGAGAGCGGUCAUAUCGCGGACCCACGAGGGCCCAGGGGAGAUGGGGAAGGCGGUGGUUAUCGCAAAGGACGAGCAGGAGAAAAUGAAGGAGCUCUUUAAGAUUAACCAGUUCAAUCUGAUGGCCAGUGACAUGAUUGCGCUCAACAGGAGUCUGCCGGAUGUGAGACUGGACGGUUGCAAGACCAAGGUGUACACGGACGAUCUCCCCAACACCAGUAUAGUGAUUGUGUUCCACAACGAGGCGUGGAGCACCCUGCUCCGCACCGUCCACAGUGUCAUCAACCGCUCGCCACGCCACCUACUGCAGGAGAUCCUGCUGGUGGACGACGCCAGUGAGAGAGACUUCUUGGGAAAGAAGCUGGAGAACUAUGGUCGGACCCUGGAGGUUCCCGUGCGGGUCCUGCGGAUGGAGCAGCGGACGGGGCUGAUCCGGGCCAGGCUGAGGGGGGCUGCGGCCACACGGGGGCAGGUAAUCACCUUCCUGGAUGCCCACUGUGAGUGCACCACGGGCUGGCUGGAGCCUCUGCUGGCCAGGAUCAAAGAGGACCGGAGAUCUGUGGUGUGUCCUAUAAUCGAUGUGAUCAGCGACGAGACGUUUGAAUAUAUGGCAGGCUCAGACAUGACCUAUGGAGGAUUUAACUGGAAGCUGAAUUUCCGUUGGUAUCCCGUGCCUCAGAGAGAGAUGGACAGGCGCAAAGGGGACAGGACACUCCCUCUCAGAACCCCUACAAUGGCUGGAGGGUUAUUCUCUAUUGACCGGACAUAUUUUGAAGAAAUAGGCACAUAUGAUCCAGGGAUGGACAUUUGGGGCGGAGAGAACUUGGAGAUGUCUUUCAGGAUCUGGCAGUGUGGCGGCUCUCUGGAGAUUAUCACUUGUUCCCAUGUGGGUCACGUGUUCCGAAAGGCCACCCCUUACAGCUUCCCUGGGGGCACGGGUCAAGUCAUCAACAAGAACAACAGGCGAUUGGCCGAGGUGUGGAUGGACGGCUUCAAAGACUUCUUCUAUAUCAUAUCACCAGGUGUGGCCCGGGUGGGCUAUGGAGACGUGUCCUCUCGUAAGGCCCUGCGUGAAGCUCUGCAGUGCAAACCCUUCUCCUGGUACCUGGAGAACAUCUACCCCGACUCUCAGAUCCCCAGGCGAUACUACUCACUUGGUGAAAUCAGAAAUGUUGAAACGAACCAGUGUGUGGACAACAUGGGCAGAAAGGAAAACGAGAAAGUUGGCUUCUUCAACUGCCAUGGCAUGGGUGGGAAUCAGGUGUUUUCCUACACAGCUGAUAAGGAGAUCCGGACAGAUGACUUGUGUCUGGACGUGUCACGUCCCCAUGGACCUGUGGUCAUGCUGAAGUGUCAUCAAAUGAAGGGGAAUCAGAUGUUUGAGUAUGAUGCAGAGCGGCUGACCUUGCUGCAUGUCAACAGUAACCAAUGUCUGGACAUGCCUACUGAGGAGGACAAGAUGGUGCCCACCCUGAGAGACUGCACAGGCAGCCGCUCCCAGCAGUGGCUCCUCCGCAACAUGACACUGACGCUCUGAUCUGACCCAGGAGUAGGACCUCCACAUUCACUCACAACCACACCGGCCAGACUCGCCCCCACCUAAACUGGCCACGACCUCACCUCGCUCCACCAGGUGUCUUUUGUCAUGCACGUGUUCCUGCCUCCUUCAGCACUCGCGGGUGGGGAAGAAGCAGGCAGGCAGCCUGUAGUAUUUUAUUAUGGGGCUUCUGAGGCUUUGCGAGGGCUUUAUCUGAGAUGCUGCUCCUCCCAUUCAGUCAAUAUUACACAGUGGUUGCCUAGAGGUUGACCGGCACACUCUCAGCCAGAGCUCUCUGUAUGGUUGAAUCAUCUGGGCGUGUCUGUAGUGACGGUGACUAACACUUUUACACGUGGAGGAAGCUGGAAUCAGUGAUACUGUAUAUGUCUGAUGGCUCUCAGGGCUGGUCAUGUGUGAGGUCAGAGUUCAGACUUUAGUACAGCAGAAGCACCAAUUGCAGGAUAGCAUUUCCUAGACAGAGCGUUGUAGUAUGCGUCUGUGGGGCCUCAUAGACAAUCUACUCUGGCUCUGUACAUAAGUGUUUUGUUUAAAGUGCAACCCUGCAAGGUCGAUUAUUCUGUUCUGUGAUUUUGGACACCCCCAAUUCAUAUUUAUGUCAGAACCACCUGUAAAUCUGAGGAUGAAGGGUCUAAGGGUAAGGGUUGUUGUCAGUGCCAUGCACAGAUCUUUCAGGGAGCAGGUGCUCAAAAUGAACAAAGCCCCCCACCCAACCCCCUCUCACCCCAAAUAUAAGACUUUCAUAAUUCAGAUCUCAAAAUUAAUAACAAACCUUUUUGAGCAUAGGCCUAUUUAUUUCAGCAACACACUCACCCAUCACAAAUUGUAAGCGAGCUAGUUAGCUACAGUGCCUCCAAAAGACAUGAUUGACAUCGGGAAAAGAGGGAUGUUGAUGAUUGAUGUAAAUCUGCUAGUUAGCUACCUCAAUUAUUUUUUUAACAACUUGUGAUUUAUCUUCAAUGCUCUUAAAUAAUAACUACAUAAUAUAUAUAAUCUGACUCGUGAUGUACACUGAGUGUACAAAAUAUUAGGAACACCUUACUUAUAUUGAGUUGCACACAUUUUGACUCAAUUCGCCAGGGCUUGGACUCUACAAGGUGCCGAAAGCGUUCCACACAGAUGCUGGCCCAUUUUGACUCCAAUGCUUCCCACAGUUGUGUCAAGUUGACUGGAUGUCCUUUGGGUGGUGGACCAUUCCUGAUACUCACAGGAAACUGUUGAGCGUGAAAAAUCCAGCGACGUUGUAGUUCUUGACACACUCAAACCGGUGCGCCUGGCACCUACUAUCAUAUCACGUUCAAAGGCACUUAAAUAUUUUGUCUUGCCCACUCACCCUCUGAAUGGCACACAUACACCAUCCAUGUCUCAAUUGUCUCAAGGAUUAAAAAUCCUUCUUUAACUUGUCUCCUUCCCUUCAUCUACACUCAUUGAAGUGGAUGUAACAAGUGACCUCGAUAAGGGAUCAUAGCUUUCAUCUGGAUUCACCUAGUCAGUCUGUCGUGGAAAGAGCAGGUGUUCCUAAUAUUUUAUACACUCAGUGUAUGGCUGGCUUGGCUGGUGGUUUGUGUGUAUAUUUUAGUAUAUGGUGGUUAGCCAGAUUCUAUACUACCUGUGUUCAGUAAUUAAUUUGUCAAUCUUGAGGUGCCGGAGCAAAAAGUGAGUGCGAGAGAGAGGGGUGAACAGUGGAGCUCUGAAGUACCGGAACUCAUGAGAAUAAAAAAAAAAAAGUCACCUUUAUAAUAAAGCAUUGCAUUACGGAAGUCAAGAGGGGACAUAUUCAUCCAAAUAAAGAAUUCCCUUCUAUGUUGCGAUCACAACUUACUUAUCUCACGAUCACUAUAUAACAAAAGUUGAUUUGUCGAGAUCACGAGAUAAUCGGAAGUACCACGCAUCACCCAUUCAUUUGUUCAGCUGCACAAUCAGUGGCGCCCCCAGAAAUUGUUCAUAGGGGUGGGUGGCUGGUUGGGGCCACUGAAAAUCUUGGGGUGGCACACCAAAACCAAAAGCCGUGACUGAAUUUCAGGAAUUCUAUUAUGCUGUUGUAGUAUAUAGGCUAGUUGGAAACUAUGUCAAUAUUAGAGUUAAGGAAUCGCAUACUGAUAUACUUUGGCUUCUUAUUUCACAGUUAAAUGUUACUAUUUAUCUGAUGUGCAUAGACUAAUACCAGUACAGUUAUUAACAUUUUAAGUUCCACAACAAUCCUGUUUUAAUGUGUUAUGUAUCUGUAUAUACAUGUGCUAGGCGAUUGUUCUUCAAAUGGGCUAGUUGCCCUUUUCCUUAGAAAGACAAAUAUACAGCUUUAAUUUGAAAUCAGUACAUUGAUUGCAAGGAGCAAAACAUUUACUGGGAACAAGCCUACUCAGGUUUAAAAACGCCACACAGACGCCUACAAUUAUUUUCAAUACAGAUUUAUUUGGCUGUUGCUGUGUCUUGUUAUAAACAAAAAUAUGAAAUAUGUCCAAAAAUGAAAAACAAAACAAAAAACAUAAUUAUGGACAACAAUAUACAUUUUACUAUAGCCUACUCACAACCUAUUCAUAUCCCUGCUUUAUUAGGCUACAUUAUUUUCAAUACAGAUUUAUUUGGCUGUUGCUGUGUCUUUUGGCAAACACAUCCACAAAAUCGUCAAGAUUUAUGGCCCUCGCCCUUCUUGACUCUACACCCCCAAAUUGCUCAAUCGCUCGUCACUCGUUGUAUUUCUCAAGACGGUCUUGGAAAACUGUGCUCGCUUGCUACAGUGCUCACAAUGCAAGUGUUAUUUUGCAGUUUAAACAUCUUGUGGAACACCUCCCUAUAUGGCUCAAGGAAGACUGUGAGCUCUUUUAAACGGGUUGGUGUUUCCAAGCCACUAGUUUGCUUCCUAUCAAGAAUUCGCUUAAGCUGAGGGAUCUCAUAUUCCAGAUCCUCAGUGCUGCAGUUGUAUUGUGAGGCAAAUGGAAACACUACAUUUUUCUCACAAAAUGUGUGACUGCAGAGAUUCAAGGCUUGCAUCCCUUGCAUGAUGAUACAAUUUUCUUUAGGAAAUAUUCUCUUCACCUCAGAGAGAAGCACAUCAACAAUUGGAAUGAAUGAACCUGUCGGAAAUGACUCCUUAUCUGUGUUGACCGGUCUUUGAGCUAUUGGAGUGGAAAUGUAAUGCCCUUCAAGCCUAGAGCUUGGUGUGACCUGACGCCCUGGGAUGGCCUGGAGGUGCAACAUCCGAUGUUGUAUCAAUGUUCAAGGUGUCGACAAGAGAAUCAACAAGGGUAAACAGCCGUGCCCAAAUUUGAGUUGUGGGGACUGUAAAAUGUCUGACAGAUGUUUAAUCUCACCAAAAAACAUUGGUGAAUGUUACAAGGAGGCCAAUAAACUAGAUCUAUUUGGGCUAAUAGACCUCUUGCCUCUACGGCUCUGUCACCAUUUCUCUCUUCAGAUAUUUCUUUCAGUAGUCUGUAUGAUGGCUGGCAGUCUGUGCCCUCACGGUCUUGCAAGCAUUGUACCUACAUGCCCACCGUGUCUCUAUCAGCCUUUGUAACUCUCUCGGGGCCCCCUGAAACAUCUCCCUCUUGCCACCUUUGUGGCACAUAUGACCCUGACCCAAAGACAUACAUUUUCUGCAAAAGAGAAAAUAAACAAUAUGCUUCAGGGAUGCAUUUCACACCGUCAACUAAUACUACAGUUAAGCAAUGUGCAUUGCAGUGAACAUACAAAGCUAAUGGGGCCUCUGAUUUAAUGGGUGCUGGCACACCUGUGUUGUUUCCGCUCAUGACAGAGGCACCAUCAUAUACUUGCCCUACUAGGUGGUUUCUGUAGUCAAGGCCAUACUUCUGCAGUAUUUGUACAAAUUUCGGUGAAAGUGCUGCAGCAUCCAGGCCCUCUGCUGCUUCAAAGGUGAGAAAACGUUCACAUAUUGACCCAUUGUAAUUGCAAUUCGAUACUAAGGACAUCUGUUCCUUCUUGCUAAUGUCUUUGAUCUCGUCAACCAUAAUGCUGAAAGCCUCACUUUGUGCAACUUCACUAAUUAUUGAGGUGCGGACCAUUUCGGGCCAGGCAAUCAGUUAUUUUGUUUUGUGUACUAUGCCCAAAGUAUGUUGUAUUUCUUUGACAUUUCUUUGAUUUCUUUGACUUCAUUUUUCUUUUGACUGUGUGAUCAUGCUUGGCUAGCAGUUCCAUAAUAGAGAGGGAAUGUCCUUUAUUCUGACCUUCCGUUUCUUUAUGUGCUCUCUGUGUAAAGUUUUGCAUAGCAGUGAGGAGCAGGGUUUCUCCAACAGUUUUAAAUGUACUCUCUAUUUUCCCUCACUAAUUUAUCAUACUCUGCAUUUAAGGAUGGCUGAGAGAGAGCAUUUGAUUGCAGUCGACUUUUCAUAGUCUGCCCAUGUUAACAUAGCAUGUUAUUCUGAUUGGGCAUGGCCUACAAAUCCCUCAUCUUUGUAAGUUUCUUUUUUCCAAUUUCUUAACCCCUCUUCAGAUGUAAACACUGAAUCGCCUGAGGAGGGGAGACUGAAGUGCCGGCAGGCAUAGAAGUAGACAGUCUUUAGUAUGAGAGUAUUCCAGCCAUUUACAGUGCCUUGUAAAAGUAUUCAUCCCCCUUGCCGUUUGACCUAUUUUGUUGCAUUACAACCUGUAAUGUAAAUUCAUUUUUAUUUGGAUUUCAUGUAAUGGACAUACAUAAAAUAGUCCAAAUUGGUGAAGUGAAAUGAAAAAAAAAGACUUGUUUAAAAACCAUUCAAAAAUAUAAAACGGAAAAGUGGUGCGUGCAUAUGUAUUCAACCCCUUUGCUAUGAAGCCCCUAAAUAAGGUCUGGUGAAACCAAUUACCCCCAGAAGUCACAUAGUUAAAUAAAGUACACCUGUGUGCAAUCUAA